GUUCAGACUUACGCAAAGCGCUUUUGAAGUUGAACGCUGAUCAAGACUUAAUCUGAACAGACGUUUUGUCCAGCAUGUCCCAUCAAAGGCCACUUUACACCAACAGUGCGAUAAGAAGGCGUUGGGGAGCUGUAUCAAAUCACCAAGACUGGUUUGAGGCCCAGAGACUUAGGUCUCUUGUGGAAACGGCGAGAGCAAGACGGAUGGAGGAGAACCAAAAGGUAGUUUCCUUGCAGAGAGAACUGGAUAAUAUGAAAUAUGAGUUGCAGAAGGAGAAAAAUCUCAAGGACAUGUACAUCAAGAAGGGCAAAGAGAUGAAGAGAGAAUUACUGGCAGUGGAAAAGUUUACCAAUCCAGAGGCGCUCAACCCUGCCAUUAUCGCUUCCCAAGUACACAGCGACAUAAAACGCAAGAGCAAAAGGCUGCUGCAGCAGGACUUGGAGCAACUGAAGGUUGCUCAUAUUGUCAAAGAGGAAGAGUUUAUGUCRCAGAUCCAGGCAGAAAAAAAGAAAAGCGACACCCUCCAACAAGAGCUGGACGAGAUCAAGGCUCGCUACGAAAAGCUUCAGUCAAAAUAUGAAGCCGACAUUCGUGAGGAGAAACUGCAGGUCAACACGGAUAUGUUUUAUGAAGAGAAACUCAAGCAGGACCAAAAGCUCUUUGAAAAUCUGAGAGAAGAGAAGAACAAUCUCCAAGAGCAAAUGUCCAAAGAGAUCGCCUGCCUGCAGGAAACGGAGAGAUGUCUGCAAAGUCAGCUGGAGCAGAUUACGGUUUCGUUCCAAGAACUCAGCCUGAGGUAUGAAGAAGAUGUUUCUGGACUGAGACAGAAAGCAGAAGGUUAUCARCUUGAGAUGAAUCAUGAGAAAGAAGCACAUUUGGAAAGAGAAAAGAAAGACCUUCAGCUUAUUAAGGAACUCAGAGCAGAAAAGGACAAUCUGAGUCAGAAAAUGGGACAAGAGUUCUCUUCCCUGCAGCAAUCCAAAGAGGCAAGAAAACAUCUCCAAAGUGAACUGGAGCAGAUCAAAGUUUCUUACCAGGAACUUAAAAUUAGAUAUAAAGAAGAACUUUCUGCUCUAAGAGAGCAAGAUCCAAUAUAUCAGCAGGGGACAGAGAAAGAGAUGGAAGCUUAUUUACAGAAAAUAAUGAGCAACCUCAAGAUUAUCAACGAACUUGGAGCAGAGAAGGACGAUCUCCAAAAAUUCCUGGCUGACUUCCAACAAAUGUACUGUGGCUGUGAGAUUGAUUACAAAACGGAGCUGGAACAUCUGAAAACUGAGCUUCAAGAAAGAGAUGAGUUAGGACCUCCCAAAAGAAAAGUGGCAAAGCGUCAAGAACCAAAUGAGAAAGACGCUGCUCCUGUAAACAACAUCUCUGACCCGGCAUCCAAGGAUUUGGUCCGUCUCUUUGAGGAAACCCCGUCAGAGGACAUCGAGGUACCUGAUGCAUCUCCCGAAGAGCUAAAUCACUUUAUAGAAACAAUGACAGGCGCCUCAGCCAAAAGCUUCGGUUGGGGAAAAAAAGAAUUGACACACUUUGAGUCUCAGGAAACCACAAAAAUGGGAGAAACGCCAGGAGACUACUAAAAUACGCAACUAGAAAACAGUGUGCAGACAAACUGAGGAUUGUCCUGCUGGGGAAAACUGGGUCUGGGAAGAGCAGCCUGGCCAACACCAUCUUGGAGAAGGACGUUUUCGAA